AUGUCUGAGCUCAAGGAUAUUGAGGCUCCUUCGGACAUGCACAAGGAGGCUCCUAUGGCCCUCGAGAUGGACCAUGUGACCGAUAAGGUCGACACUGAAGUCAGCGAGGCGGUGAUGGAUUCCGAGCUACAACUGCUCGAGGAGCGACUGCAGGCAUUGCCCAAGCCCAAAUGGGAGGUGACAUUCUCUAAUCCGGCUGUGUAUACCUACAUGCUGGUGGCGUUCGCUUCCAUGGGAGGUCUUCUCUCUGGUCUCGAUCAAUCGUUGAUCAGUGGUGCGAAUCUGUCCCUCCCCACUGCUCUCAACCUUAGCUCCGGCGAGGCUAGUCUGGUGAAUGGUGGUAUGCCGCUUGGUGCUGUUGCUGGUGCCAUCUUGCUGUCUCCUUGCAACGAAUACCUCGGCCGUCGCAUGUCUAUCAUUGUCUCUUGUGUCCUGUACACCAUUGGUGCGGGCCUGGAGGCCGGUGCCAUCAACUUUGGUAUGAUGUUCGCUGGUCGUAUGGUUCUGGGUGCUGGUGUUGGUCUGGAGGGUGGUACUGUGCCCGUCUAUGUUGCGGAGUCUGUUCCUAGCAAGAUCCGUGGUAACCUCGUUUCGCUCUAUCAGCUCAACAUUGCCCUUGGUGAAGUUCUUGGAUAUGCCGUCGCCGCCAUGUUUAUCGGCGUUGAAGGUUCCUGGCGCUACAUUCUUGGCUCUUCGCUCGUCUUCUCGACUAUCCUUUUCGUCGGCAUGCUCUUCCUCCCCGAGAGCCCCCGUUACUUGAUGCACAAGGGACGCGAAAUCGAGGCAUACGGAGUUUGGAAGCGGAUUCGUGGUUUCAACGACUACGAUGCCAAGGACGAGUUCCUUGGUAUGCGCCAGGCCGUCCAACAAGAGUGCGAGGAGCAGGCCCAGACCAAGAAGUACGCCUGGAUGGACUUCUUCACCAAUCCUCGUGCUCGCCGCGCUCUUGUCUACGCCAACAUGAUGAUCUUCCUCGGCCAGUUCACCGGUGUCAACGCUGUCAUGUACUACAUGUCAACCCUCAUGGAGGCCAUCGGCUUCGACGCAAAGACCUCUGUCUUCAUGUCCCUCGUCGGUGGUGGUUCUUUGCUGAUCGGCGCCAUCCCCGCUGUCAUGUACAUGGAGCGCUUUGGCCGUCGUUACUGGGCUAAUGCCAUGCUUCCCGGCUUCUUCAUUGGUCUCGUUCUCGUCGGUGUGGGUUACACCAUCGACUAUAGCAAGUACCCCGCCGCUGCUCAGGGUAUUUACCUUACCGGUAUCAUCCUGUACAUGGGCUUCUUUGGUUCCUACGCCUGCCUGACCUGGGUCAUUCCUUCUGAGGUCUUCCCCACCUACCUGCGUCACUACGGUAUGACCACCGCUGAUGCCAACCUCUUCCUCUGCUCCUUCAUCGUCACCUACAACUUCACCCGCAUGAUGGACUCCAUGAGCCGUAUCGGUUUGACCCUCGGUUUCUACGGUGGUAUUGCCGUGCUCGGCUGGUUCUACCAGAUCAUCUUCAUGCCCGAGACCAAGAACAAGUCUCUCGAAGAGAUCGACGAGCUCUUCUCGCAGCCUACUUCUGUUAUCGUUAAGCAGAACAUGAAGCAGACUGCCCAGGUCAUCCGUGAUCUGUCUCACUUCCGUCUGCGGAAGGUUUUCUCUCCUGAGCCUUACGUGAAAUAG